CGGCCCUCAGGUAGUGACGUCUCAGUCUCUACAGCGGGCGGGAUAUCCGCAGUAGUAAGCUAACUAAUAACAUGGCGAAGACUUACGAUUACUUGUUUAAACUACUUUUAAUCGGCGAUUCAGGCGUCGGAAAGACCUGCGUGCUAUUCCGAUUUUCGGAAGAUGCCUUCAACUCAACGUUUAUCUCAACUAUAGGUAUUGAUUUCAAGAUCCGAACAAUAGAAUUAGAUGGAAAGAAGAUCAAGCUACAGAUAUGGGAUACAGCAGGACAAGAGAGGUUCAGGACCAUCACGACGGCCUACUACAGAGGAGCCAUGGGCAUAAUGUUAGUUUAUGACAUUACCAAUGAGAAGUCCUUUGACAACAUCAAGAACUGGAUACGGAAUAUUGAAGAGCAUGCUUCAGCAGAUGUGGAAAGGAUGGUCCUUGGGAACAAAUGUGACGUCAAUGACAAGCGUCAGGUGUCCAAAGAGAAAGGAGAGAAGCUGGCGCUCGAGUACGGCAUCAAGUUCAUGGAGACCAGUGCAAAGGCCAACAUCAACGUCGAGAAUGCCUUCUUAACCCUCGCCAGAGACAUUAAAGCAAAAAUGGACAAGAAGCUGGAGGGCAACAACCCGCAAGGCAUCAAUCAGGGAGUAAAGAUUACAGAACAACCCAAGAAGACCAAUUUCUUCCGCUGCACGCUGCUGUGAGGAGACCAAAGCGUCGGCAUCCACCGUCGCCUUAACUGUGUCCCGCGCUGGACGGAACUGGACAGAGCACACGCUGAGCUCUUUUUUUCUUUUUUCUCUUUCAUCGCUUUUUUUUAUCUUGGUUCCCUCGACAACUGUGAAUCUAGCUGCUGUGGCUUCGGUAAGAUGCUAAAUCUGAACAGGUUAACGGUUCCAACUCGAUUCCUUAGAUGGUAUUUAGACUUGUGCGACAGGAGAAACCUCUAACUUUCUCAAUAAUGUCAGAUUCCAAGAUUAACUCUUUCACCCGUUGUAAGUGGGAGUUUGGUUAUUUGAUCAUUUCUAAAAGUAGCCCAAAAUAUAUUUCCAGAGAAGGUUUACUACUUCAAUAGGCUUCCUAAUUUUGAAUAUACUUCCAUCUGUUGAUUGAUGCAGUUCAUGUCUUAACGGUGUUAAGAUUACAAUCCAACUUAUUAUGCCACAUUUGUGUACUGAAUUGGUGGCCUGGACUUUUAUUUUAUCCACAUUUAGUAAAUGCAAUCUAUAAAUAUUUACCAUUGAUUAGGAUUCACAAUAUGAAAAAAAUAGAGCUGAUGCGUUUUUGUCACAAUAUCAACACUGGGGGUUUACACGUUUUCUGUCCACCUUUUCUACUUGUGUGUCUCUAAUUUCAUAUGCUGAAACAUUCCUCUUGUCAAAGACGACACACACACACACACACACACAUAUGUGUGUCCCAGAUUCAGCCUUUUUUCUUUUUUAAAGUAUUCACAUGGUUGCAGUAAGACUGGGCUCUUUUUUAAGGGAACACGCGUUCCUUUUUGUAGUCUCUUUCCUCGGCACUUUAGGCGUUCAGAUUUCUAAUGAGUAAGAGCAGGAGUGGUCAAUGGGAGGUAGGCGUUUUUAUUUGUUGCACUUCAGCUGGGGAACUAGCCAUACCUAAAUCUGACACCUGGAGGCACAGCGGAGGCAGGGAAGGCCCCCGCAGCAAGGAUGACGUCAUCGUUUUAUGCAUCCAUGCUUCUUCCUGUCGUCAGUUGCAACGGGGGAGCACGUACACAGCGGCUGUCUGGGCCUUGGGUUGGGCCUGUGCUGUAGCAGUAUUUAACACAAAACACAUCACACAGCACCAAAGUGGCCUUUUAUGUUCUUAUUGAUUAUUAUGCACUUUUCCUGUUCGGUCUCCAAAAAAAAAAAAAAUGUUCUUAACAAUUGCUGACUGCUGGUUGCUGUCUCAAGCAAAGAAUACUCAUGCACAAAUUUUCCAUGUACUUCUUAAAAUAUUUGAGCACCGAUGGUUGUCUUUUGAGUACAAGUACGAACAGUGGACAUACAGGAGGCCUUUGAUUUGGAGCCAUUACAACAUUCCUAUCAAUUGACAUUUCCCUUUUUCCGGCUUCUUAUGCAUCCCUGGUGAUGCUUUUAGGAACCCCAGAUGCACUCACCCCUCACCCACCUCGUGUCCUUUCUCUCCCUUCUCCCCCCCCCCCCCCCCCUCCCUCUUGCCAGGCAGUCCAUGUCUCGUUAUGGUGCAGUAUUAUGGGCUUCUGAACUAUGCAUUCUGCAUAGAAACCCUCAGAAGGCUUCGCACAUUGAAUUGACAAGCUUUAUUUGAGAUAAAAUAAGCAAAGGAUUCUUGCCGUUUUUAUUUUCUGCUGUCACUCCAAAUUCUUGUUGUGUUUGCUGGGUUCAGCUGUUUCGAAGUAUAGGAAAUGAAUUGCAAGCUGAAAGUCCCCUGUGACGUUUUACAGUGAGUGCAGAACCGUUUCAAGUGGUGCUGAGUCGUUGAAUUUACUAUUUAACUGUUAACCUGUGGGUGUAACUCAUCGCCUUUAACGUGGAUUGACUCUUGGCACAAUUUCGGGUUGAAGUGGCUCCGUCUAUCCAUUCCUUGAUCCAACAAUUGCAUCUAAGUUAACAUAUCUUUGGCAUCCCUUAACUAAAUUUGGAUUUCGUUG